AUUUUUUGUAGGUGAGUUUCUUGUGUACGAUCAUGAGUCAACCUCCCGUAAAGACAGAACCCACUGUAAAGGCGGAGCCUAGAGAUGGAAUUCCAGCAUCAAGUGGUAUUACCCCCAACAAUAACAGCAAGCAAUCCGCAGCAGCUGAUCAGGGAUGGCAAGAUAUACCAUUGAAGUGUUGUACACCAGAGGAGGUACAAGAUAUUCGUUAUCAUAUCUUGAAGUUUCAAGCGAAGCAGAAUGUAGAUAUAGCUAAAAACUUUACUAAUCCUGUGAGAUUACAUAGAAAGGAUCCAAGAAACAUUCAAUUCCAGUUAACUAGAGCCGAAAUUGAUAAACGUAAGCGAGAACAAGAAGAAUUAAAGUUGGAAGCUGAGAGGUUAAAGCUCGAAGAAGAAGCUGGUGCUGAAGGAGAAGAGGGAGCAACAGUAGAUGGUGUCAAGCAAGAGGGAUCCCAAACUCCAGGUGAGAAACCAAAAGUUGCUGGAGAAGCCGAUAUGUCUCAAGUUGCACCAGAUGGAGGAGCUAGAAAACCUCGUAAGAAUUUGUUUAAACGUAAAACAAGACAAAUUAAUCUAAUGGAUGAUGAAAAAAGAAAAUUAAGAUACGAAGAAUAUUAUCCAUGGGUGAUAGAAGAUUAUGAUGGGAAGAAUGUCUUUGUAGGAAAUUAUGAAGCUGGUUCAUCAGAUACUCAACAUGUAUUAUUUGUGUUUGACAAGGAUGGAUUUAAGAUGGUGCCAGCAGAAAAAGUAUAUAAAUUUACUCCAAGAAACAAGUAUGCUACAUUAACAUUGGAAGAAGCUGAAGCGAAAAUGGAGAAAAACUCUUCAGUUCCAAGAUGGUUGAUGAGACAUAUGGAAGAUCAAUCUACAGCUCAAGGCGCUGCUCCAGAUCAAAGAUUUAGAAACGCCAGUCCUGGCUCUGGAAGUGGUGGUAUGGGAGGAGGCAUAUAUAGCGGUCGUAGUACUGGUCUUGGUGGUAGCAAUGGAAGACUUCGGACAGUUAUAGGAGGAUCUAGCUCAAACGAUAGAGAUUCCGAUCAUGAUGAUUUAGAUUUUGAUGAGGAGUUUGCUGAUGAUGAAGAAGCUCCUAUUAUGGAUGGUGAUGAAGAAGAAAACAAGCUCUCUGAACAGAAACUUAAGAAGGAAAUGCUUAAAGCUGCUCAUUUUGAUGGUCAAUCUGAUGCUGAAGGUGAUGAUAAUGAUUUGGAUGAUCUUUUCGAAACUGAAAAAUCAAGAAAGGUUGACAAGGAAGGUGAGAAAUUAAGAAAGGUCUUGAACAAAACUGAAGGUGGUGUAUAUGAAUCAGAAGAUGAUGAUAAGCUUAAUCCAUACCUUUCUAAAUCAGAUUUAGAAAGUGAGAAUGAAAGUGAAGACGAUGAAGUAACACAAGUGAAAACAGAAGCUACCGAGGAAAAUAUUCCUAAGCCAGAACAACCAAGAACAAUUUUCGCUGGAAAUCUCGGGGAUGGUUUUGUUGUUAUCAAAGCACCUGCUACAUUUUUACAAAACUUCCCAGCGGGUGAAUGGAGUAUUAACGGCAGAAAGAGAACUUCGCCUGCUGCAGAAUCUCCUAGAAAGGCAGCAAGAAUUAGUGAUGAGAAGACCAAUGGUCUGGAUAGAAAAAGCGUUUCCCCAACUCCAAAGGCUAGUCUGGUCGGCGCUGGUGCAGUUGAUUUGAACUCAGUUGGCCCUGAUGGAGUUUUGGUUACUACUAAGGAAGUUUUGGAUAUUGUUCGUGACACUCCUCUCACAACGAAGGAUCUUCUUCAAGGCUUAAAGAAUCGUGUCAAUGCGCAUAAAGACAAUAAGCAAAGAAUCAUUGCGAUUGUUAAGCAAAACUUGAAGUUAAUCGAUGGUAAACUUGUCUUGAAAGAAGAUAAUUAAGAAGCCUAAUUUUUUUUUUUUAAGUUUUUGAUUUGCUCAAUGAGCGUCUGUUAAUUUACAACUAUAUUAUAUACUU